AUGGCCAUCGACUGGUCGCUUGCCCCUGCAGGUGCAUCUGCAUGUGCAUCUGACCCAACCUCGUUGUGGUUUGUGCUAGACCUCGAAGAAGACCUCUAUCUCUCUGUGCCGGCAUCGCGCGCACUGACCCCCUCUCCGACCUCGCCCUCAGACUGGACCGCAGCCGACUGGCCGUCGUCACCUUUGAGCGUGCCGCGACGUUUACUGUCUCGUUCGCAUUCGCCUUCACCAGACAACUCGUACCUCGAAUUCCCCGCCGCCGCCGCCGCACAGGACAACUGCCCUCCUUCUAGCUCAUAUUACACCACUCGCACCUCGCCGACGCCUUCACCGCCAUUCGACGACGCCAAGACAGAGCUAGCACCUUGUUCAGCGCCUGAAUUAGCUGUGGUGGUGCCCGGUCCGCUUCUGCAACAGCUGGACACGUCAAGUCGGCGCCCGCAGUCGUGGCCAUUGCCGAACGUCAGCCGCGUGCCAGCCUUGAACCAUUAUCGUCCAAGGUCUCAAUUCGACGUUACGCACUCGACCACAAUCCACUCGAUGCGCCCUCCCGCCGUCAACGAGUCGUUUGAAGCGCUCUUCGACGAGGCCGACACUCCGACACGCCGGCAAGACAAGCGUGUGUCGCUGUCGUCGCUACGACGGACUCUCAGCAUCAAUGGGCCCAGCGGAGGAGGCCUAAAUAAUGGUGUCCAACCCCGAGCAGCGUCUCCUGCAGGUGGUUCUGGGCAUGCAUUCGCACCGCAUGGUUCGCGGGGGGAGGCUGUCGGUUAUAGCAGGCCGCCGUCGCGUAGCAGCAGCGUCUCGACGACGACCAGUCUUCGGCACGACUCGGCGGCAGCGGCAGCACCACCACCGCAGCGCCACUACGCGCCAGGGUCUGCACCACAGGGCAUGUCCUCCUCCUAUACCUCCUACCAGCGAGCUCAUCCGCAUUCCCCUUACAAUCCUUCGGCCCUGCGAUCCCAGAUUGUGUCAACGACGACGAGCCAAGCACACCGUUCGGCCCUGUCAAUGUCCUCCACCACCUCGUCGUCCUCGUCCUCACGCCCCCCUUCGCGCGGCUCGGUGAGGGCACCGUCUCGCCAAGGCAGUCACAGCUACACCAGCCAUCUCCCCUCUGUGGCCGAAGGACCGCCCUCGUCCCGCUCGUCGGUGGCGACGCUGCGACCGACGCCAACGUUUUUGGAAGAAAUCUACGGCAACGGGGGCCGCCACUCGCCGAGUUACAACGAUUUUGUGUCACCACCCCACGACGACCACUACGACGACGACGACUACCCGAGCACCGGUGCCUACGAUCGCGUUCAACAAGACGAGGUCCACCACCCCCACCCCCACUACGCGGGCACUGCCCCGGCCUUGGCCCUGGCGCAUGCCCUAGAGCACCCCAGUAUCACCAGUCUCCGGGAUCCCAGCGGCGCCAUGUCGAACGCCUUCAACGGCGCCUCAGGCACCCGUCGUUGUCCUCCGUCGGGGCCCUCGUCCCCAUUGCCGGAGCAUGACCUCGGCAGUGUCGCGGACGAAGAGGAGCUCGAAGAAGCAGACGAGGCCUUUGACGGCGGUCACGACCUGCUUGUGCACCUGAGUGGGGGCCAGGGUUACGCCGACACGGGGUGCGUCCCGCAGAGCCCGUCGGUGACGAGCUCGAGCCCAUACGAUGGUGUGCAGAGUGGAGGAGGACGUGUUGAAGGAACAAAUAGUGCACAACCCAGCCACCACCAUCUCACCAACUGGUCCGUGCCACCGCCGCCCCUUCACUCGUCAGAGGCCGCCCUCAGUCCUCGCUCGACGACGAGCUCGAGCCCCAACAUGACCCUCCCCGAUUUCAGCUUGUACGAUUUUGGGCCAGGCAAGCAGAACGAUCUAGAGCCAGGGCCCCAGGACAAGCAGGACAAGGCGACGGGCAUUACGCACCAUACAAAGCUCGACUUGUCUCCAACACUCUCAUACCCAGCAGCAGCAGCAGCAGCAGCAGUAGCCGCCGGCAGCACUGGCGCCGUCUCCUCGCCACCGUCGGCCCCGUACUACCCCGCGUCCCCUUCCAUCCAGUACGAGUCGUCGUCGUCGUCGUCGUCGUCCGCCAGCAGCAGCCGCGCUGCCAAGGCCCUGUCUCCGCAACCAUCGCCGCACCACUCGUCCUCGUCCAACCACUGGCGGCACUCUAUCCAGUCUCACACGCCCCAUCAUCACCCUGCUGCCGCGCCCCGUGCCCUUUCGUCUGGUCUGACAGUCUAUCCUCCGGCCGCGCCAGCUUCCCCACAACCCACUCUAUCCUCACGAGCCGCUUCGCCCCAAGGCUCCCCACAGCUCACGACUCCUUUUGAGGAGCGCAACGAGGCUAUUGGCAUCGAGCAUCUCAUCGCGGCCUCGGGUUUCUUGGACGAUCCCUCAACCGACCCCGCCAACAUGAUGCCCAUUGGGGUGCCGUUGGUGCCAUCCCGUCGCCAGUACGAGGAGCACUUGCACCUUGUGCAGCAGCGGCAACAGCAACUGCAGCAACAGCAACAACAGCAGCAGCAGCUGCAACAACAACAACAACGUCGCCUGCAGGCGCCCGACUCUGUGCCCUCGUCGCAGUCGUCUGCUUCUCCCAAGGGGUCCCUUGGUUUCACUGGCCAGCAGCGUCAUCCUGAGGAGACGACUAGGGGUCUCAACAUCAAGAAGCGCAACCCCGAAGCAUACCGGCAUCACGAUCGCCACGAGUCGUUCAUGGGCGGCUUCUUUGACGACGGCAGUCACGAUCACCGUCACAACAAUCGCGCUGGCGGCCUUGUUGUCGAGAUUAUGGACCGGGCGGCCCAGCCCAGCCCGCAGCCACAGGCGCCACCGGCCCACCCAUUCCACCCUUCUGGCCGCGCGCCCGUCUCACCUUACGACGUGCGCUCGGACCAUUCCCCCUCGUCGCCAGAUCCCGCCAUGGGAACAAUGCACCACCACCACGGCCACCUGCAACAGCAGUACCAGCAGCAGCAGGACGCCGAUGCCGCUUCUGCCAAGCGCUACGCCCGGUGGUCGCAGGUCACGCAGUCGUCUGUGGGCAGCGACUACUCUGCGAUGACGUCCAACACGACGUCGACGACGGGCCGCACGACGGGCAGCAGCAGUGGUGCGCCGCUGUGGUCUCCGCUCGUCGACCGCGGCCCUCUUUUCGCCACCGUGUUUGAGGACGAGGAAGCACUUGAUUCCGGCGCGCUGGCGCUGGAAUUCCGCAACGACGCUCGUGACCCGCGCGACGCCCCCCGCGACGCCUGGGUCCUCCUCCCCAAGUCGCACUUCUCUCACCCAUGGAAGACCAAGACGCACAAGAGUGUCCAGUCUGUUGCGAGAGCCUCAGCUCGACCUAUCGUCUGCCAGGCGAGAAACCCCACAUUGUCCCUGAGUGCGGACACGCUCUUCACGAGGUGCGAGUGCUUCGUCACCGUCUAUGGCAAGGUCCCUCUCGAUGGCUCGCAUCGCAACAUUGGUGUCUGCGGUGUGUGCCGCCAGCAAAUGCGCAUUGGGUUGAGCGCAGGCAGCGAUCGCCCACCUGGAAAGACUAGCAAACUCGCUUCGCUCACGGGCGGCGACACUAUCGACUCUCCACACCACAUCCUGCAAAUGGCCGCCAUGUCGAUCCACGGGGACGAGCACGAGUCGGACGACCCGCUCAUGCCGUCCUCCCCCACGCUCGGCCCGAUUCCACUCACCACUUCUCCCGACCAGCCGGUCAAGGUCGUCGUUCCCAAGAUUUCGAUUCGGUCCGAGCUUCCCUCCGUUCGUCGCGCCCAGGGUGGCCCACCCGUCUUGGCCAUGAUCACCAUCGAGGUGCCCCCUGCCGCAGACAGGAAUCCCUACGUCGCUCGCUCGCGCAAGGACAGCCUGGCCGCCCGCGCUGCCGCCGCCUCUGCAACCGAACCGUCACCCCAGCUGCCACCGUCGCCCAUCUCGUCCUACGAGGCCACCUUGCCCGGUAGUGGUUCGAUCCACUCGCGUGAAGGGUCCAACUCGGCAUUUGUCCACGUCCAGGCCGACCUGCGUCGUCGCGUGCAAAACUACAAGCACUCGGGUCUCGAAGUCAUUGGCCCCCUUCACCUCUUUGACAUUCUCAAGGUCAAAAAGGGCCCUGUUCACCGCGACUUCCACGUGUACCUCUUCCAGGAGGCGUUUGUGUGCAUUGUCGAGGAGAAGAAGGCCGGUGGCAUUGGGAACAUUUUCCGCAAGGAGACGGCGCAGCAAAAGCAAGGCAUCCUCAAGCUCAAGGGCCGCAUCUACCUGCGCCAUGUCUGUGCUAUCAACGACAAGUCUACAAAGGACGAGUACGUCCUCACCCUCCAGAUGGAGUCCGAGGUCGACGGCUCGGACACCUUCUCCAUUUGCUUCCAGGACCGCGGCAGCCACGAAAUGUGGAAGUCGACUCUCAACAGGCUUGUCGCCGAGGCCAAGGACCCCAACAACCCCAACGGCCAAAAGUACAAGCUUGCCCAGCAGCUGUCCCGCUCGAACAGCACCGUCUCUGCCUCGCCCAGCGGUCACAGCUUGACCCCAGUCUUCAAUGACCACGACACCCCAGCUCCUCCCCCUUGCCCCGCGGGCUGCCUCGGUUGCCAGGCGUACCAUGUGCCCCUUGCACCCCAUCACACUCCGCUCGACCUCGUUCUCGUUUUGUCUACCCCUGCGCCGACGUCCAACAAUGGCUCGUUGCCCCUCAAGAUGCGUCUCAUGCGCACGUCCCUGCAGUUUGUGCUCGCCUGCAUGGGUCCUCGCGACCGUAUUUCCCUGGUGGCAACCGAGCUUGGCGUGAACGGUACCGUUCGUCGCACACCAUUUCUCAACGCGACCGUCCACGACAGCCGUCGUCGUCUGGAAAUGUUUGUCGAGGCGCUCGGUACGGGCUUCCAGGAGCACGACGACUUUGAGGUCGAGAUCUCGCCCGACGAGCGCCAGGACGUGGUCACCGCCGUCAACGUUGCCCUCGAUGUCAUCCUCCAGCGCAAGGUCAAGAACCCCCUCACCGGCAUGAUUGUCAUCAGCGACACGUCCGAGCUCAUCAAGCGCUCGCAGAUGGAUCUCGUCACGGCGCGCCUGGACGCUGCCAAGGUGGCCGUUCACUGCCUGGGCUACGGCAAGGCACACGACCCGUCGCCGCUCUGGAUGAUCUCCAACCACACCGCUGGUACCUACACUUUUGUCAAGGAGUGGUACCACCUGCGCGACGCGCUCGCCGGUGUCGUUGGCGGCCUCAUGUCGAUUGCUCUCACCAACAUGAAGCUCCGCCUCACUGUCCAGGAUGGCGAUUUCAAGAUUGCCAAGAUUCUCGGCACGCCCAUGCUCAUUACGUCCACCGCUGGCAAGGAGAUUGACGUCGACCUCAUGGCCCUCCGCCACGGCGAGCGCCGCGAGCUCAUUGUCCAGUUUGACCUCGACGCCGGCGACGCUGCUGCCAACGAGCACCGCCUGUCUGCGUCGACCGACGACAGCCGCGGCAGCAUGUCUCGCCACCAGGGCCUCAGCAAUGGCGGUACCAGUGUGCGCAGCCGCCCGAGCAUCAACGGUGGGCCUGGCGGCGGUGUCGACCUCUUCGCCUACGGCGGCAGCGUCAGCAACCACCAGGGAUACGACGAGUCGUUCCUUGACGAAGUGCCUGUGGUCGAGGUGGACUGCAGCUUCCACGACCCGCUCGCUGGCCGCAGCGCGUCGCGCCUCGCCAACCCCGUCCUCCUCACCCUCACCAUGCUGCCAAGCUCCACCGAGCAGUCCAGUGCCCUGGGAGACCCGGCCAUCAUCCGCCGCCGCAUGGAGCUCCUCGCCGCCGACAUGAUGACCCGCUCGUUGCUCAUUGCCUCGCGCAAAAACUUUGGCCAGGCCAUCCGUGUCCUGCGCGACACCAAGCGCAUCAUCGAGACCAUGGCCGACUCGCUGCGCGCCAACCUGCCGGCCAGCAACCAGAUCCGCUCGCGUCGCGACGUGGCCACGUACAAGGCUGUCGAGGGCCUCACCGCCACCUUGACCGACGUCGACAUGUUCCUCGACGGCCUCGAGGUCAACAAGGAAAUGUUCGAACUCGACCACCGCAACUAUGCCGCCCAGCAGGCCGUCAUCCUGCGCACCCAGCGCAGCUGGACGGCUCGCACGCCCACCGAAUCAAACUAUACCACGCCAGACGUCCAGGCCCUCAUCCAGGCAAGCACCGACUACGCUGCGCGUUCAUAG